UCCCAUGAGUCCGCCCGUUGUGGCAACGUCUUCUCGCUCGGACAAGGGGAAGUCCUCACGAAUGGGUGAGUCGUUGGUGGCCAGCUUGGCUGAGGGUGCGCCAUCUUCUACGAUUGUCGACGAGGAUGCUGACAGGAUUGUUCGUUCUAUCCAGGAUUUGUUCGCUUCCUGGGGGCAGGUCCAAAUGCCUCGCCCUACUCCAUAUGAUUGUCCUGCUGCUUCUUCAGAAGAGGACUUGAAGUUCUUGAAGGGGUUGGUAUUUGAGUACGUGUCCUUCAUGGACAUGGACAUUGGAAGGGCUAGUGUUGCCAGACACAAGGAUGAACUUGAACGCUUGAGCUUGGCGCUUAUUCGACAUGUCGUGUUUGAUGCCUACCUAUAUGGGUGUGACAGCAUGAGUGGAUUGACAAGUUUUGAUUGA